GGUUUUACGGCCCUCGGUGUCGAGAACCGCCUGGAGAGGGUGGGCGGAGGGUCUGGCGGUUGGAGGUCUGCGCUGCCGUGGGUCUGCGCUGCCGCCAUGACGUUCAAGCGGAGUCGUGACCGCUUCUACAGCACCCGCUGCUGCGGCUGCUGCCAUGUGCGCACCGGCACCAUCAUCCUGGGCACCUGGUACAUGGUGGUGAACUUGCUGAUGGGCAUCUUGCUGACGGUAGAAGUGACUCAUCCAAAUAUGGUGUCAACUGUUGAUAUCCAGUAUGAAGUCAUUGGGAAUUACUAUGCUUCUGAGAGAAUGGCUGAAAAUGCCUGUGUUCUGUUUGCUAUCUCCCUCCUCAUGUUCACAAUAAGCGCAAUGAUGGUGUAUGGUGCCAUUGCUCAUCGUGUAGGCUGGCUGAUCCCAUUUUUCUGUUACCAACUCUUUGACUUUGUGCUCAGUUGUUUGGUUGCCAUCAGCUCUCUAACCUACUUGCCCAGAAUCAAGGAUUACCUGGAUCAGUUGCCGACUUUCCCUUACAAAGAUGAUCUCCUUUCUUUGGACUCCAGCUGUCUCUUGUUCAUUGUUCUGGUGUUCUUUGUUUUAUUUAUCAUUUUAAAGGCAUAUCUAAUUAACUGUGUAUGGAACUGCUAUAAAUACAUCAGCAGCAGAAGUUUGACAGAGAUUGCUGUGUACCCUGCUUUUGAAGCUCCUCCACAGUAUGUUCUUCCAACCUAUGAAAUGGCAGUGAAGAUGCCUGAGAAGGAACCUCCACCUCCCUACAUACCUGCCUGAAGCAAUUUUUAUGUUCAUUAACAUCUGUACCAGCUUCCUGGGGUUUUUGUCUUUUAAUCUUUCAAAACUGCUUAAGUAAUAGAAAUAUUCAGGGCUUUAGGAGCAAACUGUUCUGUUUAAAAUAUGUUUGAUAUAAACUUACUAAGCAAAACACAUCUGAGGGUGAUUUCAUUUGCUUUUUGUUCUCCUUAAUGCUCUUAAACAUUUUAUUGCCUUAGGGCCUUACACCUGCAAGAACUUAUGCAUGUGACUAACUUGUGGCUUUUAAUAAUACCAACUGAGCCACUCUGAUUGAAGUUAGCUGUGAUUAUAAGUGUCUGCAGGAUUAUGCCCCUAAUUUAUAUUAAUUUUUUUGUAAAGUAGCUCAUAAAGACAAUCUGAUCGUGCAGCAAAAUGACAGUUUGCCUUUAUCCAUUUUUUGGAAGGGGAAGGGUUUGAAUGUGGUAUAUAUGUGACUUUUUUACUUUGCACUUUUCUCAUAUGUUAUCUUUUAUUGGUUGGUGGUUUUCGGUGUUUUUUUUUUUUUUUUUUUUUUUUUUUUUUUUUUUUUUUUUUUAUUUUGGUUUUUUAUCCUGUGUCUUGAAACAGUAUUUUUGAGGAACAAGUGAGGGUGGCACAGGAGUUCUAUUACAACAAGCUGAGAAUGCAAGAAAAACAAAUAGAAAUGUCGAAGAUGGUUGCAUGCUUCUAAUUCUCUAUGUAUUUUCCUCUUUGUGAUAAAUGAUACUUAAAUAAAUCUUUUACAAAAUGUUUA